ACACCCAAGGACACAUUUCUCACCAAUACAGGGAGCUGCCUCCAGAAAAGACAUUAGACAACAAAUGAAAAAGAAGAAGAAGUUAUUUGAAAAGUCAUAUAAAGUUGUUUUUAUUGGAAAUAUAAAAUUGCCAGGCAUUCUGUGUGCAGAUAUUAUCCUAGAAGAAGGAUUAAUUAACAUAAGUUCGGAGGAUACAGAGGACACUAUUAAAAACAAACUACUUGACAUAUUUGACAGCACUGACAAAGAUCCCACCAAGAUCAUUUUUUUAUCGUGCUCACACAAAAAAUUAUCCAAACCAAAUGUACCAUCAACAUUCAAAUUUGAUGGAAUAGGGCUGAAGGCUCUGAUUGGUCAAGGGAAGCUUUAUGUUCUCGUCGAGGGCCCUGAGUUUGAAAAUGAUAAGGACAUGAUGGAUCAAAACAAAUUAGAUGACACAGACAUGACAGACGAGGAACUUCCAGUAUUCGGCAAGACACACUCUUUACAGAUACCCCAAGCAGACACAAAUGCAAGUAUGAACAGUGACCAGGAAAAUACAGGCUCAUCCGCAAAACCACAAACAGACAUCACCAAAACUGUGCAAAGUCAAGAUAUAGUGGAAGGUGAUCCGGAAGAUACAGGCACACCGACAAUAACAUUUCAUCCAUCGUGCUUAGAACGUAGAGAGCGUAGAUCUCGAUUAAGCUUGCGGUCAUCUACUGGUAAUGAUGCUCUGGCAUGUCCUUCAACUUACAGGUCAUAUGUCCAGCUGUUUGAAACUGAAAUAGUAACAGUUGAUGACUCCGAUGAUGAAGGUGACAAAACCAUACCAAUGGAUGGUGAUAUCAGUUUGCCAGAGUUAUUAAUAAAGUUACAGUCACAGGUUGACCUGGAGAAGAUAACGAAAUUCAAUAUCAACAGAAACCUUGUUUUAGAUGGUGCUCGGAGAGCCAUCAAAAGGAAAUCCUUCUGUGCUAAAAGCAAGAUAAGUGUGAAGUUUACGGACGAUGUAGGAAUCGCAGAAGGUGCCGUAGAUGAAGGUGGACCAAAAAGAGAGUUCUUGAGAAUGCUGAUGAAAAAGAUCCAAUACCUGCACAUUUUUGAAGGUCCUGAAAACAGAAGAAUUUUGGCCUAUAGUACAUCAGCCCUAGAAGACAAUCUGUACAGAGAUGUUGGAUUAUUCUUUUCCCUAUCCAUUGUACACGGAGGACCAUCACCAAAAUUCCUUUCUCCAGUUAUGUACAAUGCGUUGGUAGGACAAGCUGGAGAAAGGAAUAUUGAAGAUAUAGCAGAUGGUGACUUGAGAGGAGAAGUUCAAAAGUUAAAAGAUGCAUCAAGUUUGCAAGACUUGAACAAACAAAUGAAUGCAAUGUCAACUCUGUUGAUAACAGCGGGAUGUUUCAGGCCUAUAUUGAACAUGCAACAAAAAGAUAAAUUAAUCAUGGAUAUUGUCAGAUUUUUGGUCCUGGAAAGAACCAGUACUCCUCUUCACCAGUUGCGUGAUGGGUUACAGACACUUGAUGUAUUAACGUACAUUCAAGAGCAUUAUAAAGCAUUUAAGGAUUUGUUUGUCUGUCAAGGAAAUGAAAAAUUGACCGCUGAAAUGAUGGAGGUGGUGUUUAUGGAUAUCAAAAUGUCAGUUCCAGGCAGCAACAGAAGACGGGACGAGGAGAACAUUGUUGGAUAUUGGAGAGAUUUUUUAAUUGACUUGCAAGAAGAUGAGGAUGGUGAAAUUACCUUAGGUGAUGUUUUAUCAUUUGCAACUGGAGCAGACUGUGUACCUCCAUUAGGAUUUGAUCCAUCACCAUCUAUUACUUUUCUUCAUGACUCAGGAUUGUUUCCAAAAGCAAACACAUGCUCAAUGGAGUUGAAGCUUCCAGUUUCAGAAGAUUUUAAUACAUUCAAAAAAAACAUGACUUUUGGAAUUGCAAACUCACCAGGCUUUGGACUGGCAUAAACCAUUCAUGGGAGUCUUUAAUUUUAAUACUCUUCCAUACUUCAUCUUCAUUUUUUGUCUUGCCUGGUACAAAGGUUGUUACAAAUACAAAUUUGAAUAUUUCUGUAUAAAUAUAUUGAUUAUAUAAAUUCUUAUACAAAUGGUAUCAUGUUGUCGUUGUCCAUAGACAUUUGGUUUUCACACAAUAACUUAAGUAUAAGUAAAUAAAAGUCUAUGAAAUUUAAACACAUGUUUUUUUUACCACAAAAGGAAGGUUGGGAUUGAUAUUUGGAGUUUGGUCCUAACAGUUUAGGAGGAAGAGGCCAAAAGGGUAAAAUGUUAACUCUUUUUUUUUUUUUUUAUUGAUUUCAUCAAAAAUUGAAUUAUUUGGGUUCUUUGAUAUGUCUAUUCUAAUCGUGUAUUUGGAUUCUUAAUUUUUGGUCCUGUUUUCAAAUUGGUCUACAUUAAGAUCCAAAGGGUCCAAAAUUAAACUUAGUUGAUUUUAACAAAAAAAUAAUUCUUGGGGUUGUUUGAUAUGCUGAAUCUGAAAAUGUAUGAAUUUUUAUUAUGGGCCCAGUUUUCAAGUUGGUCCAAAUAGGGGUUCAAAUUAAACUUUUGUUUGAUUUCAACCAAAAUUGAAUAUAAGGGGUUCGUUCUUUGACAUGCUCAAUCUAACCAUGUAUUUAGAUUUUUGAUAUUUGGUCCCCAUUAUCAAAUUGGUCCACAUUA